AUGGCGUCCACUCACGGGGUUGGACAUUUCGCAGAGUCGAAACUCAGCAGUGGGAUUCGAAGCGACUCAUCAAAGCCAUUACAGGUAAACUGCGGUCUUCCUGUUUCUAAUCAGCUUUGGAUAAACAUCAGGAACAAGAUGAGAACGUCCCUCUUUUACGCCCUUCAUGGGGCCCUCGGGGUUGUAGCCCACAAGUCACUUGCCCAUUUCAAGAUUGAAUCCGGUAAAGAAGAGCAUCACUCUCUUGAAGGAUGUUCAAAGGAUGGCAAGCACAAGUGGGUUCCCGACCCUGCGACAUUUGUCUUCCCUGAGAACGACUAUAAGCCCGGCAACUCCUGGGAUCUCUGUGUCGGCACAUCCCACUGCGCUCCUCAUGAGGCCUUGAGCCAGGUUUCCUUCGAUUUCAAGGACAACGGCAUCGUCUUCAACUUCAAGCAUAUCGACCACUACAAGUAUGAGGAUGUAGCUGUCUACAUCGAGCGUGGUCAGCCUCCAACAGAGGACUCUUUCAAGUACAACAAAAAGAGCGAUCACUGCAAGGCGAAGAACGACUACAAGGAGGCCAAGUGCUUGGUCCCCUUCUUCUCGCUCUCCGAUGGCGGCUCUUACGGCGACCUCUGUCCCCUCGAGGACAAUGGAGGCUGGAGACUUUACAUCAAGGUCAAGGCUACCAUUUCCCACGGGCACAAGAAGUACGAGCUCUUCAGCCGCUCUCCCGAUAUCAACGAGAAGUACUUCGUUCUCAGCUACACUUGUGCUGAGUGCAAGGAGUACAAGCACAAGAAGAUCGAGUUGAUUGAGGAGAAGGAGGAAGAAGAAGAGACCGAAGCCGAAGAAUCUGAAGAAGAAAAGAAGUACAAGAAGAACAAGGAGGAAGCAGAGGAAGAGGCCGAGGAAGAGAAGAAGAAGUACAAGAAGAAGAAAGAAAAGGAAGAGGAGGAAGCCGAGGCUGAGGAAGAAAAGAAGAAGUACAAGAAGAAGAAAGAAGAGGAGGAGGCUGAAGCUGAAGCCGAAGAGGAAGAAGAGAAGCACAAGGAACACCACCAUGAGCAUUACCACAAGCAUCACCAUAACCAUGGUCACAACCACGCUCAUCGUCAUGGACACAGACAUGGUCACCUCCACAAGGAGCAUCAUCAUCAUGAUCACCGCCAUAAGAACCAUCAUCAUGAUCCUCAUCACAAGCACCAUGAGGCCCGCUCUGUGUAUGGACACUAUGACCAUCAUGAGCACCACGAUGGUCACAAGCACCACGAUCAUCACGAUCCCGGACAUCAUCACGGUCACCACGGUCAUCAUGGUCAUCACGAUGCUUAUGAGCACUACAAGCACCAUAACUACUAUGAUCCUAGCCGUCACCAUGACUUCAAUGCUUUCUUGGACGAGUACUUCAAGCAUUUUGGAUAUCACUACAACCACGACGAUCCCGGUCAUCACCAUGAUCAUCAUGACGGUCACCACGUUGUUCAUCACCACCAUGAUCCUUACAAGCACCACCAUGGUGAGCAUCACGACGGAAACCACCACCACUAUGAGCACCAUGAUGGAAACCACCACCACAAUGAGCAUCACGGCCAUCAUCAUGUUGAGCACCACAACCAUCAUCACGGUCACCACGAGGGUCACAAGCACCGCCACGGUGAGUACCAUGACGGAUACAACCACCACCAUGCUCGUGGCUUGCUCAAGGAUAUUGUCGAUGGUGACGGAGAUAAGCGCAAUGGUCAUGGGCAUAAGCACCAUCACGGACAUCAUCAUGGCCAUAACCACAGCCACGCUCACGACCAUGUCCACAAGCAUCGUCACAAGCACUUUGACGACCAUUACCACUAUAAGCAACAUCAUGUUUACUAUGACUAUAAGGACGAUGGUCACCACGAUGGCCACCACGACGGCCACCACCAUGGUUAUGAUCACCAUGAUCCUUACAAGCACCAUCAUUAUGGUCACCACGACGGCCAUCAUCAUCUUGAUCAUUACAAGCAUCAUGACGGUCACCGCGACCCUCAUCACUAUGGUCAUCACGACGGCCACCACGGUCACCACCACCAUGAUCCUCAUAAGCAUCACUAUGACCACGAGCACGACUACGGCCACCACAGGCGAUCGAUUGAGCACCACAAAGGUCCAGUUUCUGUCUUCUACAAGGAAAAGAGCGAUCACUCUCGCACUCACAUUGAUGCCUCCAAGAAUGAAAAGGCUUCUCAGAGUGAGCUAGAGGCUGAGAAGUACAGGCAGCUUUUGGAAGAGGUCAACAAGAAGCACGAGCACAAGUACAAGUACAAGGACCAUCCUGAGCACAAGUAUCACUCCGAAGAGGACAAGUACAAACAUGAGAAAGAGCACGGGCACAAGUACAAAUCUGGACCUAAGUACGAGCACGAGCAUGAUAAGAGGUCUGCUUUCGAGCACGGUGAUUACAAAAAGUCAGAGGAGGAGGUCAAAGAGGUUCUGAAGGAACAUUUCCAGGAAGCUGUUAACAAGUUCUACCACACUCAUUUCGGAAAGAAGGAGCAUCAGCACUACGAGCACGAAGAACCUGAGAAGCACCACUCUGGCCACUACAAGCACAAGGAGCACGAAGCUGAGAAGCAUCACCCUUAUCACCACGAGCAUAAGGAGCAUGAGCCUGAGAAGCACUACUCUACUCACUACGAGCCUAAGGAAGAGCCCAAGAAGCACCACUACAAGCACUCAAAGGAGCAUGAGCAUGAGCCCAAGAAGUACCAUCACGAUGAGCAUGAGGAACACGAGGAUGAGCCUGAAGAGAAGCAUCACUACGGUCAUCACGAGGAUAAGGAGCACGAGCAUGAGCAUGAGCCCGCCGAGUCCGAAGAGUCCUCCCACUACUCCGGCAAGAAGACGAGCUUGGAGAGUGAGAAGAAAACGGCCAAGCACGAUGCUUUGGAGAAGCUAUGGAAUGCGCGUGUCACUCAUGAGCGCAAGUUCAGAGAGAAGCUUUUUGCCAUUGAGACUGGACACUGGAGUGGUAAGAAGGGCGCCUACAAGCGCUCCCUUCUGUCUAAGUCUCACAAAGCUACUGAAGCUACUGAGGUGGAGGCCAAUACUGCCAAGGUGGAGAACUACAUUGAAGAGGCUGAGGACAACAUCUCCGACGCUAUCGAGGAGGUCAUCCGAGAGGCUGUUAAACUGGCCGGUCCAGACCCUACCUCUGGAACUAUCCUCAAGUACAUCAGGAAGGUUGAGAAGGCCAUCAGGGGCAUCGUUGCAAAGAACCUCAAGAAGACCAUCUCCCACAUUGUCAAGAUUGACGGUGUUGCAAAGCCUGAGGAGGAAGUGGUUGUUGAGUACAUUGCUCGUGCUAUCAGCGAAAUCAUCAAGGCUGCUGACAAGAUCUUCGCCAAGACCCUCGAGGCUCUGGGUGAUCACCCUUCAGAUAAGGAGGUUGAACACGCCAUCGAGAAGGUUCUCAAGAUUCUUGACAAGAUCAUCGACAAGGAAGUCCGCAAGGCCCUCACUGCCAUCUUCGAAUUGGAGGAGGAGACCGCUGAGACUGCGAAGUCAACUGAGCAUGAGAAGUUGGAUAAGCGAAGCAAGGAAUCCGAGCUUAAGACAGAGGCUAAGAAGUCUGAGUCUUCCGAUAAGGUUGAGACAGAGGAAGAAUCCAAGUCUUCCAACAAGGUUGAGACAGAGGAAGAAUCCAAGUCUUCCAACAAGGAUGGUAAGCGCGACAAGCGCUCCGAUCCCUAUGACGACACCACGGUCGAGAAGGCUGUUGAAAAGACCGUUGAGAAGUGGGCUGCUAAGUACGUCGAAGCAGAUGAGAAGGAGCAUAAGCCCCUGAAGCGCUCCGUGCGAUUCGCCCGACUCUACAACUGA